CCAGCAAAUGAGUCCCGGGUUAAGUUUAUUGCAAGCAGCUGCUGCAUCAUCGCCGCCACCACACAGUUAUCGGCAUUCGCGUGCCUAUCGACAUUUUAAGAAUCCUCCUCAGCCGCACAUGUGUAUACGUACAACAACGGAGGCCGGUGAGGAGUUAUUUAUUAAUGUGCUAAGUUGGACACGUAUUGUUAUACCUCAGGAACCCAGUGAUCCUAUACCAUUAUAUGGCGGUAUGAGGGUACCGCCUGGCAGUCCUCGUAGUCCACCCAUUGUAUUCGCUGUUAUGGCCAAUCCAGAAGUAUUAAAAGAUUCCGGCCGUCACAGUAAAGAUCCAGAAGAAAGACGUGCCAUGGUUGAAUUAAUGUGUGAUUUUGUUGAAGCCAUGAAUCCUGGUGUAAAAUUAGUAAGAAAUGCUGUCAUACUUAAGGAUCGUGAUAUAUCCGGUGAACUAAAAGAUGUUUGGAAUGCGGUACAGGCUCAAAGAGAUCGUGAACGUGAAGAGCAAAUGAUGCAGCAAAGGCAACAACAGCAGCAACAACAUUAUCAUAAUUUAACCACAAAUGGAGGAGGAGGAGGUGUUCCUUCUCCUGGUGGUUCGUUAAAUUCUGGUCUAAGCAAUAACACAACACCAAUAACCCAACAACAGCAUAUGUUCUCUAAAGGAGGAUAUGCCGGUGGUAACUUUAUGGGCGAUGGUAGUAGUAGCACUCCACCAAGAAGUAGAAAAUUUUUAAUGCAACAAGAGCUGCAAAGAAAUGAAGAAAACUAUGAUGCGACGUUAAACGAUGUAGAUGUAACGAAACCAAUUAAUCUCGCACAAUUGGCUGAACAUUUGGAUAAUAAGAUUGCUGCAACGGGCGUCACUGGCGACAGCCAACUAAUAACCGCCGAAAAUCACAGAGAUGAAAAUAACACAUCACACGAUAUGCUGAUGGUAACGGCAAGCAAUGGAAAUACUCUCAAAGAUGCCACAGAUUCGAAUAGUGGUGCUGCUGGUGUAACACAAAAGAAUGAGUUAAAUAACCAAUUGAAUGCAAAUAAUUUGGAUAGUAAAACGCAAAUUAUAUCCAAUGGAGCUGUCAAUGGUAUUGGUGGUGGUGGUUCAGCAACAAAUGCCAAUACCACGGAGACAACUGCACCAAACAGCAACACAGCAACAGAGAGUGUUAACUGUACUUCGAUAACAAAUAACAUUGCGAAGAAUAGUCAUAACUCAACAACACCUCCCACUACUACCACUACUCCCUCCACUAAUACCACAACCAACAACCCUGCCGCCCAGUCAACCACAACAACGACAACAGCAGCACAACCUGCCGUUGCGAAUCCUGUUCCACCACCAACUACCAAAAAAGAAAAGCUUGGUGGUUUCUUGCCAAACGGUUGUAUAUUUCCACGUUUUACUAAGAACAAUAAACACAAGGAUAAGGAUAAAGAAGGCAAAACAAAGGAUAAAGAAAAAAAUGUACUUUUAAGUGCUUUGAAAAAGUCCAAGGACAAAAAAUCACAGGCAGCAGCAGCUGCGGCUGCAGCCGCCGCCUCUGCCGCGGCAAACCAUCAGGAUGAAAAACAACAAAAAGAACUGAUCAAUACCUCAGCAACAUCACCAACAACAGUAACCACUGCCAAUAACACAAUGGCACCAUCAUCUGGUGGUGGUGGUGCCACAUCACAACAUCCAGACUCAACCAAUAAUCACCUCAAUAAAAAUAAUUGCCUACAACAAUUGGAAUGUGAGGUACAAAAAUUGGAUUUAAAUCAUCAUAUCGAUAAGAAUGCAUCCUCCUCGUCGUCGUCAUCUGCCGCCACAACAACAACACCAGCACCAACCUCCAACAAUAGCCAUAACAAUACUGGCGUUGGUGUUCAUUAG